UUUGGGAUUCCCUGGGUUCAGGAUUCCCCAGGAUUGGGGGUCUCUGGGAUCAGAAUCCCCCGGGUUUGGGAUUCCCUGGGUUCAGAAUUUCCCAGGAUUGGGAUUGCCCAGGAUUGGGGGUCCCUGGGAUCAGAAUCCCCUGGGAUUGGGGUUCCCUGGGAUCAGAAUCCCCUGGGUUUGGGAUUCUCCGAGUUUGGAAUUCUCUGGGUUUGGGGUCUGGGAUCGGGAUUCCCUGGGAUCAGGAUUCUCUGGGAUUGGAAUUCCCCAGGAUUGGGAUUCCCUGGGAUCAGAAUCCCCCGGGUUUGGGAUUCCCUGGGUUCGGAAUUCCCCGGGAUUGGAAUUCCCCAGGAUUGGGGUUCCCUGGGAUCAGAAUCCCCUGGGUUUGGGAUUCCCCAGGAUUAGGGGUCCCUGGGGAUUGGGAUUCCCUGGGUUCAGAAUUCCCCAGGAUUGGGAUUCCCUGGGAUCAGAAUUCCCCAGGAUUGGGAUUCCCUGGGAUCAGAAUCCUCUGGGAUCGGGAUUCCCUGGCAUCAGAAUUUCCCAGGAUUGGGAUUCCUCAGGAUUGGGAUUCCCUGGGAUCAGAAUCCCCCGGGUUUGGGAUUCCUUGGGUUCGGAAUUCCCCGGGAUUGGGAUUCCCCAGGAUUGGGGUUCCCUGGGAUCAGAAUCCCCUGGGUUUGGGGUUCCCUGGGAUUGGGAUUCCCCAGGAGUAGAGGUCCCUGGGGAUCGGGAUUCCCUGGGUUCAGAAUUCUCCAGGAUUGGGAUUCCCUGGGAUCAGAAUCCCCCGGGUUUGGGAUUCCCUGGGAUUGGGAUUCCCCAGGGUUGGGGUUCCCUGGGAUCAGAAUCCCCCGGGUUCGGGAUUCCCCGCGUUCAGNUGGUGUGUAUUAACAAUUAA